UUUAGAACAAUAAGCUCUCUGGCGAGCUUGUAGCUUUCGAAAGAUGCUGGCGGAGUUGGAUAGAACGUUCUCUCAAAUGCUCGAAACGAGGAGAAGGAGAUGCAAGCUCUUGUCGAGUUCCAGCUUUCGCCUGGAAGAACAAGAACAAGAACAAUCCUCCCGGAAGCCGAUGGUACAAGGAACGACGAGAACAGGAUGGAUUCGGCAAGCUAUGGAAGACUUUUGCGAGAAUGCGGCCUCUCAAAGUCACUCUCUAAGGGCAUGGAGAUCCACAAGAAGCUAGCCGAGUCUGGAGUGGACAAAGAUACAUAUCUGGGGAACAAUUUGAUCCAAAUGUAUGGGAACUGUGGCUGCGUGGGCAAAGCUCGAGAGAUCUUCGACAAGCUCAUCGACAGGAACGUUUACUCGUGGACCAUCAUGCUCUCGGCUUAUGCCCAGAACGGGCAUUACAUGGAGGCAUUGGUUCUAAGCUACCAGAUGGACUUGGAAGGUAUCAGGCCAAACUCGGUCACCUUUCUAUGGAUCCUUGGAGCUUGCUCGAACUUGGGCGACGUAGAAACCGGCAGGAAGAUCCAUGCAAGGAUGGUGUUUCUCGGCUGGGACACCGACACCGUCGUAAGCACUGCGAUCCUAGGAAUGUAUAGCAAGUGUGAGAAGCUCGGCGAUGCGAAGAAGAUCUUCGAUUCCUUGAGGAGAAAGGAUGUAGUUUCAUGGACUGCCAUCAUCACGGCCUUUUCCCAGCUCGGUCGUCCAAGAGUAGCGCUGGAGCUCUUCUGGGAGAUGGAUCUUGAUGGUGUCAAGCCCAACGAGAGCACCUUUGUCAACAUUUUAGCGGCGUGUACUUACAUGGACGCGUUGGAAGAUGGAGAUAAGCUCUACAAGAGGGCCAUCUCUUGCGGCUAUGGCGCGGAUGUUUUCGUGGGGAGCACAGCCGUGACCAUGUAUUCUCGGUUUGGGAACCUGGUGGAGGCCAAGGCAGCGUUUGAUCAUCUGCGAGAGAAGAGCACUGGAUCCUGGAACGCCAUCGUUCGUGCUUACAUUCAACACGGCCAUAUCUCGCAAGCUCUAAGCUUGUACAAGGAGAUGGACGUGCAUGGUGCCGAGCCGGAUACUUUCACGCACGUCUGCCUCUUGGGAGCUUGCUCCAGCCUUGGAGCGCUGGAAGAAGGCGAGAGAAUCCACGCAAGGAUGGGAGACAAGCCGGAUGGACUCGCUGGCUCGGCUAUCGUCGCCAUGUACGCAAAGUGUGGAGGGAUCGAGCACGCCAUGACCGCUUUCACGAAGAUGAGCUCCAGCAACGUGGUCGUCUGGAACGCACUGAUAGCCGGCUACGUCCAAGGCGAGCACUGGCAGGAAGCUCUGGAUUUGUAUCACGCGAUGAACUUGGAGGGACUGGAGGCGGAUAUCUACACUUUCUCCAGCGUUCUUGGAGCUUGCUCCGGAGCGAAAGAUCUCAGCGAGGGGCGGGCAGUCCACGCGAGGAUAGUUUCCCGGGGCUUGGAAGUGGUGGUGCCGCUGCAAAACGGGCUCGUCAACAUGUUUGCGAAGUGUGGGAGCUUGACGCUGGCGCUGGAGAUGUUCCGCGGCAUGGCUUCCAGGAACACCGUGUCGUGGAACAGCAUGGUGACGGCAUUUUGUCAGCAUGGUGAUGGCGGUGGAGCUUUCGAGCUCUUCAAGGAGAUGCUGCUCGAGGGAGGCGAGCCACACGAGCAGACUUUCACGAGCAUCCUAAACUUUUGCAGCCACUCGGGUCUCCUGCAAGAUGGAUUCGGCUACUUCUUCGACAUGGUGGAUGAGUUUGGGAUUGCUCCGGUCGACGAGCACUACAGGUGUGUGAUCGAUCUGCUGGGAAGAACUGGACACAUCGCAGCGGCUGAGAAAAUGGUGGAGCAUGCGUUUCCCGGCAGCGUUAUCGCGUGGACGAGCCUCCUGGCGGCUUGCAGAACUUACAGGAAUGUGGAAAUCGCUGCACGAGCUGCGGAGGAGCUCAUGAGAGUGAGACCAGAGAAUCCGGCACCACUCGUUCAGCUGGCAAAUCUCUGUGCCGAGGCGGGAAGAUGGGAUGCAGUGGAGAGAGUAAAGCGGAUGAUGGAGGAGCAUAGAAAAGCUCGGGCUUGUGGAAACUCGCAUAUACCGGUGAAGUUGAUUUCUUUUUUCUUCGACUUGGUGAAGGUUAUCAGCUCCGGGGAACUCACAGGUGAGCUCCUUCCAAAAUCCUUUCCAGAGGUCUCAGAACAUCGCAGCAAUUCAGGCAAUGGGCUCCGAUCAAGUCCAGAUUUUGCAGACCUCCUCCGGCACUACGCGAGAGAGAAGGAUUUAUCUUCAGGGAAGAACCUACACUCGCAACUCAGAGAAACCGGACUGGACCGAAGAACACUCUUGGGGAACUUGCUGGUGCAAAUGUACUCCAAGUGCGGGGAGCUCGAGCUAGCUCGCGAGGCCUUUGACAGGAUUCUGGAAUGGAACGACUACUCGUGGACGAUUGUAACUUCGGCUUAUGUCAAGGCUGGGCAUCACAGGCAGGCAGUGGAACUUUACCACAGGAUGUGCUUGGAAGGCAUGGAACCGGACGAGUUUGUUUUUGCCAGCGUCAUGAACGCUUGCUCCGGCAGGAGAGAGCUCCUGGAGCAAGGCAGGAUGAUCCACCAGCGAAUCCUCGCGACUGGCUACGACCGAGAUUUAGUUCUCCAAAACGCAGUGCUCAACAUGUAUGGAAAGUGUGGCUGCUUGGACGAGGCCAGGGAGAUGUUUGAUCAUCUCGGGGAGAAGAGGAACUCGGUGUCAUGGAAUGCGAUGCUCUCGGCCUACAGCCAGUUUGGAUGCUACAAAGAAGCGCUCGACUUGUUUAAAAGGAUGAACUUGGAAGGGGAGAAGCCCGACUUGGUCAGCUUUGCGACAGUGUUGGCGGUGUGUAGCAGCGCUCGAGAGUUUUGCGAGGGCCGGAAGAUCCACUCCAUCGUCCGGGGGACGGGGAUUCAAGCUGAUGUCAUCUUGCAAAACACUCUUGUGAGCAUGUACGCGAGCUCUGGACGGAUCGGCGAUGCAAGAUCCAUCUUUGACGAGAUGGAGAACAAGUCCGUGGUCUCGUGGACGGUGAUGGUCUCGGCUUACGUCCAACAUGAGCUCGACGAGGAAGCUCUAGAACUCUACCUGGAGAUGAGCGUCAAGCCGGAGGCCGCCACCGUCUCUACCGUUCUCGCGGCUUGCUCGAGGCUCGAGGCACUGGACGAAGGGCGGGAGAUCCAUAGCAAGUUUCUCACGGAGAAGAAGACGAGGAUCACGAGCCGGGAAUCGAUUCUUCUCGUGGAGAACGCGCUGGUGAACUUCUACGCAAAGUGUGGCUGCGCCGAUGAGGCCGAGGAGAUCUUCCACGCCAUGGAGUUUCGCGAUGUUGUGUCGUGGAACACCAUGCUCGCGGGGCUUCUCCAAGCUGGCCGGGGAUGGGAGGCUCUAAGUUACUACAGGAAGAUGGUCUUGGACGGGACACAGCCAGUAACAGCAACCUUUUGCAGUGUUCUUGGAGCUUGCUCGAGCGUGAGAUCUCUCCGCGAUGGCCAGGCUCUCCACUCGCGGAUCGUCGACACUGGCUUUGGUCCCGUUCCAGCUCUGGAGAACGCGCUGGUAAACUUCUACGCCAAAUGCAGAGCAAUGGAUCAAGCCAGGAGAUUGUUCUCCAAGAUGGCCAAGAGGGAGCUCGCGACUUGGAACGCGAUGAUCCUGAGCUUUGCGGAGGAGGAGAGCUCCAAGAACGAGGCCAUGCAUCUUUACCACGAGAUGAAUCUCCACGGAGUGGAACCAAACAAGUUCACUCUCACCAGUGUUCUCGGAGCCUGUUCGAGCUUGGAUCAAGGCAAAGCUCUCCACCAGCGGAUCACUGCGAGUGGAGUCGACUCGGAUCCCACCGUCGCAACUUGCCUGCUCACCAUGUACGUGACGCUGGGAGACGAGAACUUGGAGCUCGCCAAGAACUUCUUCGACAAACUCCCCGCGAAGGAGGUCUUCUCCUGGACAGUGAUGAUCGCAGCUUGCAUCGAGCGGGGAUUCACCGACGAGGCACUGCAACUCUUCCGAAAGAUGGACGUUCCUCCGGACAACGUCGUGUUUACUACGGUUCUCGGCGCGUGCUCGAGCCUGGAAGCCACGAAGCUCGUCCAGGCGAAGAUGUUAUCACCAUCGUCGUCUCCGCCGGACGUGGUAGCCUCCACCGAGCUCUUGAACGCUCUCGCAAAGUGUGGAGCUCUGGACGACGCCAGGGCCGUGUUUGAUGGCAUCCGGGGCAAGAACGUUCUAAGCUGGACGGCGAUGAUCGUGGGCUACGCGCAGCACGCUCGCGGGGAUGGAGCUCUGGAGCUGUUUCGAGAGAUGGAGCUGGAUGGAAUCCAAGCGGACGAGAUCACGUUUACGAGCAUUCUCCACGCUUGUAGCCACCGAGGACUGGUUCGUGUGGGACGAGAGUACUUCCGUUCCAUGGUGGAGGAUCACGCCAUCGCUCCCAGUGCUGAGCACUAUAAUGUUGUGAUGGAUAUGCUGGCAAGAGCCGGGAGGGUGGGCGAGGCCGAGGAGGUGGCCAAGGUCUUCCCCGCAAUCAAGCACGUAGCUUUGAUGACGCUGGUGAGUAGCUCCCAGGUUCAUGGAGUAGACAGCUCGGUGGUGGCGAGGAAGAGGCUACUCCUUCAGGGCGAUGGGUCUUGUGAGAAAGACACAGCCUCGUCUUACAUUGCUCUCUCCAAUUCAUUCAAGAGCUUCAAGAGCUUGUAACAUAAUUCAUUACUAAAAUAUUACUUAUUCAGCUA